CCGGGCGGGGUGGGGGACAAAACUCCCCACUCCGCUGGAGAUAUAACCUAACCUGACUCAACCUAUCGUGACAUUAAUCAAUGUUGCUUAUUAAAAAGAUGACAAUUCAGCGGGGUGGCGGGCGAAGCCCGCAACCAAAUCGAUGAGAAAGCUCCUCACCUUCAGAUUUAGUCAAUUCAUCGUUUUAUGAGAGAUGGAGAAAUUGCGUUCCUCGAACAGGAUGGUCGACAUAUCUGAGCCGAUAUUGGCGGAGGACAGUACGUUUACCGCAAUAGCGUUAUCGUUGAGCGCGGUGUUGGAACAAUUGGGCGAGAGUGCCAAACACCACGAUUACCUUGUUGCCCUGCUGCUCGUUCUGUUGGCGGAAUGCGGAUUUGGCAUUCUGUCCGCUUCCAAAACACCGAAAUGGGAGAGAAAUACAAGAUUAGUUUAUAUACCCACAAAUUGGAAGUCGCAAGAAACAGGCGUAUACGAGAUACGUUUCACGUUGCGUAACGUAGAUUGCAUUAGAUCGAAAUUAGUCGUGAUACCUUUCGGCGAUAAACUGAUACUCAAUAUAGUAUCAAAUGUAGAAAAGAGAAGGGUUUACAGCAUGGUUGUACAGACGUUGAAGCACGUGAAUCCGUUUACGAAAAAUUUGUGUCUUCGGUACAUGAAUCUCAAGGAGAUAUCACGCAGGUUUAAGGACACAAUAGCCAUACCUUUGCGCGGAGACAUAUUAUUAGCAACAAAUUCAAUGGGUCCUAAUUUGAGGAGCCUACCAUUAGAAUUACGUUCGGGAAUUGCACGUAAACUGUCAGAAAUGGAUCUUAUAUGCUACUCAGAAUGUUUUAGCCCUAGAAUGCUUAUCAGAAGGUUUUAAGGAACUUCCUGAAUGUUAUUCAAGGCUAUUCUAUUUCCAUGAAUGUCUAUGAUUUAAGACUGUUAAAGAUCUUUGUAUAAAAUAUUUAUAUGUAAAACAUAAAAAGAGAAGUGUAAGUUUCUACUGUGAUAUCUUUGUGAAAUAUAUUAUUUUGAUUCUUAA